AUGCAGAUCGUAUUGUUGUGCGUGAUGAAAGGUGACAUCGAUGUCGUUUCUUUACAAAGCACUCAAAUUUGAUUCUUCUUGAUUCUUUUGGACAAAAGUGAUGAAACAACGAUUCUGCGCGAUCAUUCAUUCAGCUCCGUGCGAUUGGAAUAUGUGGAGAGCAAUUUUGAAAGAGUACGAGCGCAAGUGGCAGCUGAUAAAAAGGCGGACGUUCAACGAGAAAGGCAACAAUUGCUUGGAGAGAUCGACGAGGAGAUGAAAUUACGUCGAAAAGAGCUCGAGCAGAGUCAGCAACGAAUCACUAUCAGCCACGAAACACCGCAGAGGACUGAAGAAUCUGAAAAAGCGCACGAGCUGGAGGUUGAACUCGAUAAUCUGCAGACGUUAAGCGCAUCGUUUUGCAUUACUUCGAAUCGGUAUAAAUGUUUCAUCACUGUUGAUAAUUCCGUGCAAUAUUUUCAGCGUAGUUUACGUUUGACAAAAUAA